GGAAGACUGGGCCCUGGUUUACAACAAGUCGAUGCAGGUAAAGAGUAGGGGGUACAAAUUGACUCUUGGGAGGUUGUGCAGAACUUGAUAGUGGGAUGCUUCACUGGUGGUGGUUGCUCGAAAAAGGAUCUCCCACCCUCCAGCAAAUCUACCCAAACCACUGUCUACCAAGUGCUGCAAGGAAUCUACCUUUCCAGAGACUGUAUCGAAACUACAAGUCAGUGAACAGGACUUGCUUGCAUUCCUCUUUUUCACAUACCUCACAAUAAAUAAUUAAAAUUUAAAAUUCUAAUAGACACACAAUGUUAUAGGUACUAGUACGUUUUUGGUUUCAUUGGUACCUAAUUCCAGAAAAAACAAAGUGCUUCAUUUUUUAUGUUCAACACUUGUUUCAUCACAAAAGAGACACAAAUUUUAUAAAGGUUUUCAUUUGGGAUUUUUUAAAUGUCUCAAGCAAUGAAGGCAAGAAAAUCAAAAUUGGUCCCCCCAGAUGGAGGAUGGGGAUGGGUAGUUCUGAUGUCAGCCUUGGUUGUUAAUUUUCUAAUUCCCGGGACCAUCAAAUCCUUUGGUGUGUUAUUCGUUGAGUUCUUACAAGUUUUCAAAUCAUCGCCCACAGCAGCUUCAUGGAUGCCAGCACUUUGCUAUUUUUUAUACAGUUUUUUAGGCCCCUUAUCUAGUGUUCUAUCCAUGAAAUAUUCUUAUAGAACUGUUACGCUCAUGGGUGGUACGUUUGCUGCAGGAGGAAUGAUGCUGAGUUAUUUUGCAAACUCAGUCACUUAUCUUUAUGUCAGUUAUGGAAUUAUGGUUGGCAUCGGGGCAGGUUUGUCAUUUCCUCCAACAGUAUACAUAGUGACAUCCUAUUUCAAGCGACUGCGUGGGGUUGCAAAUGGAAUUUGUAUUUCCGGAAGUGCAAUGGGCAGUAUUAUUUUGCCGCCGUUUUUACAAUAUUUACUCGAUAAUUUUGGAUACAGAGGGGCGGUACUAAUAAUGGGUGCUAUCACAUUGAAUACGUGGGUAUGUGCUUUAUUGUACCACCCUGUUGAACAGCACAUGAUAAGGGUACCCAUCACUAAAGAAGAAGGUGUGGACAAUGAAGCAUUAACGUUGGCUGAGAUAGCUAAUGGAAAAGAGGUGGCAAAUGAUAUCACAACAGAGGACGUUCUUGAAACAGCCAAUGAAUCUUAUCAUUCGACUGCAGAAAAUUUACCUUUACCAGAUCAUACCAAACCGCUUGAUGAGGUGCAAAAUUUAUCGAUCAGUGUUGAAGUUGAUAAGAAAAUGGCAAAAAAAGAAGAAAUAAAUUUUAGUGAAAGUGUAGAUGCCCCUAAAAAUGGAAUCAUCAACAUAGCUUUUGAUCAUACUGAUUCGGAUUUGAAGGAUAAUAUUUCCUGUAGUUUAAAGAUUAUGAAUAUUGCGUCUCCAAAUACCCCAGAAAUGAGUAGAAAUAAUUCAAUACGUCAUAGCACUCGUCAGAAUCAAACUUUUCGUCUUUCUCGUCAACAUAGUAUUGUAUCAGAAAUGGGCCCUAUAGCUCUCAGUCCAAGAUUGAAUGUCCCAGGGAUGUUUAAGAGCCUUUUUAAAACAGACGCAUCAAAAAAACCUCGACCAGUAGUGAAAAAUCCAGAGCAACCAAAAGAUUCUAGCGAUGAAGAGUCCGACAGUGACAAGGAAACAGAUGGAAAAAAAAAGUUUUUUGAUUUCAGCGUUUUAAAAGAUCCAAGUUAUUUAAUAAUUCUUAUUUCAAAUUCCACUUCUGCGAUUAGUAAUACCAAUUUCAUGAUCUUAUUGCCAUCCUAUGCGAUCUCACAAGGCUUUGAUAAAAAUAUGUCAGCUCUAUUACUCUCAAUCGUCUCGGCAUUUGAUUUGAUCGGACGAAUUAGCGGUGCGUCAUUAUCGGAUAUAGAUUUUGUCCCAAAAUAUUAUUAUUUUGUGGGUGGACUGGGAACCAGUGGAAUUGCUUUGGCGUUACUACCAAUGGCUAAUAGUUACACAAUGCUAUCAUUUUUCUGUGCAUUAUUCGGCCUGUCUUCUGGCAUGUACAUCGGUAUAACGACAGUCAUAUUAGCUGAUAUGCUCGGAACUGAAAAACUAUCAUCAUCUUACGGCAUUUCCCUGUUUGUAAAUGGUGUACUCCAAUUGGUUGGACCACCAGUAUGUGGUGCAAUAUUUGAACAAGUUGGAUCGUACAAACCAAUUUUUUUAGCAUUUGGAAUUAUUCUGAUUCUAGGAACUGCACUGUGGGCAUUUCUUCCUAUGAUAAAGAAGAAUAGUAAAAAAGAAAUAGAAAGCGCUUAGUGAAAUUUCUAUAUGUAAGCAACUUAGGUGUUUAUGUUAUCAAAUACUUUAUGCUGCAAGAAGCCCCAGACUAUACGCGACUAGAGAAAAUAAGUUUUAAUUAGUUAAUUGACCAUUAUUGACGAUGUAUCAGAAUCCAAGUUUAACUGUAUGCAAUACAUACGUAAGUCGUACAUAUGUUAGGCGAUAAAUACUACAAUAUUUUACAACGCAUAGUAUGAUGCGUCAUUGGUAUGAUGUUGAGAAAAUUUUGAACUCUGCAUGCAAGCGAAUAUAAGGCGAGAUUGUGAGCGAAUGUAGAAUCAAAUAGGUAAAUUUAUUUGAAAUUUUUCAUUCACUGAUUUUACACGUUCAACUGUUCAUAUUUGUAUUUAUUUCUAGUCAUAAUAUGUAAGAAUGUACAAACAAA